GUCAGUACUAGAUUUACCGCCCACCGAUAACAGAGGUGAAAGUGAAGCUUGCGUGGCGCGUCCUCUGGUGAGAGAAUGUGACCGUCGCGUCUAAAGUAUUAGGCGGGAGCGAUCUCCGGUAUUAGGCCUACUCGAGAAGAAUAUGGACUAUCAGUCGAUUUUUUUUAACGGCCUGCGAGAAGAUUCAAUACGUAAAUUCAGUCACAGAAGUAUGGCUGUGUUGGGAGCCCAGCUUGUCUUUAGCCUGAUCAUCUUCAGUUUCCUACAGAAGCUAUCACCAUACUUAUCGUUUGGUCGCUGGUUGUUGGUGGGGAGAUUAGUCCGCUACCUCCAUCCGAGUGAGGAGGAUCUGAAGAGGGCAGCAGGUACCCCCAGCAACUACCAAGGGAGAGGCAAAGGGAAAAGAGGAGACAAUAAGAAGAAUCACAAAGACUCUACUGACAACAACUUCACGAUUCCACGUCAGAUCGACAUUGCAUUGGACACUGCACGUGUUGAAGCUGUGGAUUUACUACAGUUGAGAUUCUAUCCUGACUAUCAGUGGCUUGUGGACUUUUCUCUUUCUGCUGGAGUUGUGUACUUCCUCACAGAAAUGUAUUACACCAUAGGUCCUCGGUCUGAGUUCAAUAUUAGCAUACUGUGGUGCAUGUUGGUCAUUGGGUUUUCACUGCGAGUUCUGUUUGCCCAAACAGCAAUGUACUUUAAGCUAGAGAAUGGAGGGGAGAGGAUUCUGUGUGUGACAUUUGCUUUCUUCUUCCUUGUGGCGGCCAUGGGUGUUCUAGUGGUGGAUGAAUCCAUUCUUGAGUUUGGUUUGGUGGAAGGGUAUGAAAACUUCUCCACUGGUGCUAAAAAUUUUCUGAAACACCAGGAUGUAGAUUAUGAAGGACCUGUGAGCUUUUUGACCUUCAAGAUAAUUCUUGCAUUCGUUUGUUCCGUUGUAGGAGCUUUGUUAACUUUUCCUGGACUUCGAUAUGGAAAACUUCAUAUUGAUGCAUUGAAAUACUCAAGAGAAAAUAGAAUUAAACAGCUCUUUUUGCACCUUAAUUUCAUCUUGCCAUUAGUGAUUAUUGUAAUGUGGAUCAAACCAUUAGGACGCACAAUGUUAUGUGGAAAACACUGGCAAGCCACAUACAAACAUUUGCAAGAAUCUCAGUUUGACAUUCUGCGACUGUUGCUGAUUGGAAUCAUGUUUUUGCUAAGACUAUGUUUGAUGCCAACUCAUCUUCAAGCUCAUCUAAAUACAGCGUAUGAAAAAGUGGAGAACUUGAAGAAGGAAAGUGGUAGGAUCAGUGGCAUGGAGUUCCAGAAACUCAUUGCCAGGAUCUUCUACUACUUGUGUGUUGUGACCCUGCAAUAUUUAACUCCCGUAAUUCUGCUUUUGUUCCUGAUGUUUUUGCAGAAGACACUUGGUGAAUACUCUUGGUCAUCCAUUUUGGGAAAAGAUUUGGAGGAAUACUUCACCUCUCUCAGCAAAACCACAGAUUCAGACUCAGUGAUCACAGGAAGUCUGAACUCAACCACUAUUGAGUCAAUCAGUGAGACCGCUGCACAAUUUUCUUUAAGUCUGGUGAACUUGCGCCAGGUGUUCUCUGCUCAGUGGUAUCGUGGACUAAUAUCUUUUGUUACAUGGUGGGUCUGCACCUCCUGGUUCACUACCUCAGCCUUUGGGAUGUACUACCACUCCACUAUGGGAUCCAGCUGAAUAGAAUCACUGACAAGAAUACCGAGUAAACACAGUGUCUGCUGCCAUAGCAAUUUGAAUAUUUGUAAUUCUAGUACAUACAUGAAAUUUGCACGUACGUGAAUAAUUAUACAGUAAAACUCUGAUAUAGCGAAUUUCUGCGGACACUCUGUAAAAAUUCACUAUAAGCGUAAUUCGCUAAACGUUUAUAGCGAAUUCAUGAUUAAAAUAUAACAAAUUCGUUGUAAAACUGAUUUGUUCUACAUGCAUAUCAGUUGCAUAAGAAAGCAGCAAUUGAUAUACUUGAGUUUAUAUUGUCUCUAAGAAAAAUUAAGCCCAUGUAUUUUCGAGAAGAAAUAUUUUUGUACAAGAUAUAUACACACUGAUUUAUAUAUGAUAAUUUAGCUUUAGGGAUUGUUAAGUCACGCAAGAACAUGUCGAAAGAAAAAUAUCAACAAAAUUAUGUGCAAUACAUACAAACAGUCUAUCACAGUUGUCAUUUACUUGUUGCUUUACACAGAUAAACGAGUGUACGAUAUAAUAAAUGCAAUCAAACUUCAAAAUUAAUUAACGAGAAUAGUAAACAAUACCGACAGUAUAUUUGCUAAAUGUAUGUGUAAGUAUUGUUUUGCGUUAACAAACUCUUUGUGAAAAAAUACAAAAAGAAAUUUCGUAAUAAGCAAUUGUUAAAAUUGACGAGUUUAAAAGGAAAAAAAUCGUUAUAAAAGAUGAUUUUUACGUUCAUUUUUAAUUCAAGGGAAAUGUGAACUUACUUUGUUAUAUCUGUAAAUUCGCUAUGUCCGUGUUCGUUAUAAAUGCAGAUUUUUAUAUAGAAUAUAUAAAGAAUUUGCCUGGGAAAUCUAUUUCUCUUCGCUAUAGCCAUAAUUUCACUUUAUCCGUGUUUGCUAUAUUCGAGUUUUACUGUAUGUGUAGGUAAUGGUGCACGUAAGUAAUGGCUUCAUCAUGUUAUACCCCUUACAAUAAAGUUGGGGGUAUACUGGAAUAAUCAUGUCAGUUUGUCUCACCUUACUACAAGUGGAAUUCUAAGAAAAUGCUCACAUAGCACAUCCUGAAAUGGUUUUCCAACUUGUGAUCCAGGAGCUGCAUUUUGCAUAUGUUUGUUCUUCAGUGACUGGUUAAGGACCUGUUUAUAAAUACAAAAUUAACUUGCUCAUAUGACACAGUUGAUAUUUUUCCAAUUCAUGGUCUUGUUGUGCAUCUGACCUAUAUUUUGCACUGCACCUGACUAUUGUUAACUUCAGGAUACCAUUUAUGUCUUUUCCCAGCUUUCUAAAUUAAAUAUCACCAAAACUUGCCUAUAGCUUCAAAUGCUGUUUAAUUAUUAAUGCAUGUAGGUAGGUAGCUGCAGAACUGUAGCUCUCUGAAAAGGUAUUAGGACUGUCCCAAUAAUUUUCAGAGAGCUACAGUUCUGCAGCUAGUAGGUAUGUUACCAUCUUGUCACAAGAUUGACACAAACAUAUCUUUUGAUUUGCAGUGUGUCAUGAUGCUCAGUAAGAAUAAUUUGAAAUACUGGAAGGAGAAAAGUAUUUCUAUUUCAGGAUUGGGUAGCUUGGAACAGUAAUGUUCAUUUUCAGUUUGAAUGUAGUUUUUCAAGCAUACAGUUUUUUGUUCACUCCUUAGAGGUAGUAGUCCCUCAAGGACAUCUAGUUUUGUUUCAUGUGGCAGCAUGCAUAUUAAUUGUUUUUAAAAUUCUAUGGAACCUAGUCAAGCAUUGGGCUUUUUACAAAAUACUAAACACUUUAUCAUUGAGAAAAUGAAGUAUGACCAGGAUAAUUGUAAUGUUGAAGAAUUGAAUGAAAAAUGUGUGUAGCAUCAUUUUAUGUAACCAUACAUUAAUUUUAUAUAAUCAUUCAUCUUUAAUUUCAAAGAUUCAUUACCUUUGUGACUGGAAUGUUUUCAAAUGUGAUUAAAUUACCACAGAACGUG